GUGAAGCAGAUCAUGGAGGAAGCUGUGACAAGGAAGUUUGUGCAUGAGGACAGCAGCCACAUCAUCUCCUUCUGUGCUGCUGUGGAAGCCUGUGUCUUGUACGGGUUGAAGCGGAGGGCGGCUGGCUUCCUGCGCAGUAACAAGAUAGCAGCUCUGUUUAUGAAGGUGGGCAAGAGCUUUCCUCUGGCAGAGGAGCUUUGCAAGAAGGUGCAAGACCUGGAGCAGCUUAUUGAGAAUGCACGCAAUCAAGUCCAAGGCAUCCCGGAGAACGUGCGCAAAGUGCCGAAGCUACCCAACCUGUCUCCUCAAGCCAUCAAGCACCUCUGGAUCCGCACAGCCCUCUUUGAAAAGGUCUUGGAUAAAAUCGUACAUUACUUAGUUGAAAACAGCAGUAAGUACUAUGAGAAAGAAGCUCUCCUGAUGGAUCCUGUGGAUGGGCCAAUUCUUGCAUCUUUAUUGGUGGGGCCCUGUGCACUGGAGUACACCAAGAUGAAGACAGCUGACCACUUCUGGACAGAUCCCUCAGCUGACGAGCUCGUUCAGAGGCAUCGGAUCCACAGCUCACACUGUCGCCAGGACUCCCCCACCAAGCGCCCUGCGCUCUGUAUUCAGAAAAGGCAUUCGAGUGGUAGCAUGGAUGACCGACCAUCACUGUCUGCGAGGGACUAUGUGGAGUCACUGCAUCAGAACUCCCGAGCCACGCUCCUCUAUGGCAAAAACAAUGUCCUGGUGCAGCCACGAGACGACAUGGAAGCAAUCCCGGGAUAUCUGUCCCUUCACCAGACUGCCGACAUCAUGGCACUGAAAUGGACUCCCAAUCAGCUGAUGAACGGCUCUGUGGGGGAUCUGGACUAUGAGAAAAGUGUGUACUGGGAUUAUGCCAUGACUAUUCGCCUGGAGGAGAUCGUCUAUUUGCACUGUCACCAGCAAGUAGACAGCGGUGGGACGGUCGUCUUGGUGAGCCAGGAUGGGAUUCAGAGGCCUCCACUGAGGUUCCCCAAAGGGGGGCACUUACUGCAGUUCCUGUCCUGCCUGGAAAAUGGCCUCCUACCCCAUGGGCAGCUGGAUCCACCCCUCUGGUCACAGCGGGGAAAGGGGAAGGUGUUUCCCAAGCUGAGGAAGCGAAGUCCCCAGGGCUCCUCUGAGUCUGCGUCCGACAAGGAAGAUGAUGAAGCCACAGAUUAUGUUUUCAGAAUAAUCUACCCAGGGACACAGUCUGAGUUUGUUACCAUUAAUGGUAAUUUUCAUCCAUGCCUUGCUUCUGUGAUCUCUGUCACUGCUGGGAGAGGGAAGAUCCUGAGGACUCCAGCUGCAAGCAAGAUGGUGGUGAUCCCCAAACGGUCUCUGAGUCUCCUCACUGCAUCCCGACCUCCCCUUGCCACUUUGGGGGCCGUUCGGCAUCAGUUCCCCCAGGACCUGAUGGACACGCAGGGUGGUGGCCUGCCUGCCAUGUGGCAUCCUAGCACCCGCAAGUCCUCCUGUUCCUCCUGCUCUCAGAGUGGCUCCUCUGAUGGUGGGCCCUCCAAUGGCUGCAGCCAUGAAAGAGCCCCACUGAAGCUCCUGUGUGACAAUAUGAAGUACCAGAUCCUCUCCCGAGCCUUCUAUGGAUGGCUGGCCUACUGCAGACACCUGUCCACGGUGCGAACCCACCUAUCUGCAUUGGUUAACCACAACAUUGUGUCUCCUGAUGUGCCCUGCAAUGCUAGCUUGGGACUGACUGUGGACAUAUGGCAGAGAUACCUGCAGGACAGCACGAGUUAUGAGGACCAAGAGCUGCUGCGGCUGAUCUACUAUGGUGGGAUCCAGCACGAGAUCAGGAAGGCUGUCUGGCCCUUCCUUUUGGGCCACUAUCAGUUUGGGAUGACGGAGGCAGAAAGGAAAGAGGCUGAUGACCAGGUCCGCACCUGCUACGAGCAUACCAUGGCGGAGUGGCUGGGCUGCGAGGCCAUCGUCCGGCAGAGGGAGAAGGAGUCGCACGCAGCAGCUCUGGCCAAGUGCUCUUCUGGGGCAAGUCUAGAUUCCCACAUUCAGAGGAUGAUGCACAGAGACUCGACUAUCAGCAACGAGUCUUCCCAAAGCUGCAGCUCUGGCCGACAGAAUCAUGCCCGGCUGCAGAGCGACUCCAGCUCCAGCACGCAGGUGUUCGAAUCAGUUGAUGAAGUGGAGCAGACUGAAGCAGAUGCUCAACUGGAAGAUGGCAAGCAAAGCAAGAUCCCCAAUGGGACAGUUCCCAACGGCACAUGUUCCCCUGACUCUGGCCAUCCCUCUUCCCAGAACUUCUCCAUCACAUCGGGAUUCUCAGAGCGCAGCUUCAGCAAUGAAGACAGCGCCCUGGAAACCAACAAAUCCUCAGCCAGUUCCCAGGGAAAGGCUGCUGGGUCUGAUGUGCCAGGCCCGCAGAACUUGGACAGUGCCCUGCAGGAGGGCAAGCUACAAGGCCAAGACAGUCUGGAAGGUGAAUUUCCCACCGGUGGAGGCAUGGACUAUGUUCGAAUGGGCGAGAGCUCAGUGGGAGUGCUGCGGGAUCGUGACGCUGUGGCCCUGACCGUGGUAGAGAGCUGGGCAGACAGCGAAGCUGAAAAGCAAAGCUUGGUGGAGAGUGAAGAUAACCUCUCUGAGGAGCCAGAAAUGGAGAGUUUGUAUCCGCAGCUGGAUUCACUGGCUGUAGCUGAUCUGGUUAACAAUGAAGUGUCUCCUGUCUCCUCAACAGGUGUUACCUACUCUCCAGAGCUGCUGGACAUGUACACUGUGAACCUGCAUCGCAUUGAGAAGGAUGUGCAGCGCUGCGACCGCAACUACUGGUACUUCACCCCUGCCAACCUGGAGAAACUCCGCAACAUCAUGUGCAGCUACAUCUGGCAGCACAUUGAGAUUGGCUAUGUGCAGGGGAUGUGUGACCUGCUAGCCCCUCUCCUGGUCAUCCUGGACGACGAGGCUCUGGCUUUCAGCUGUUUCACGGAGCUUAUGAAAAGGAUGAAUCAGAAUUUCCCCCAUGGGGGAGCCAUGGAUACCCACUUUGCUAACAUGAGAUCUCUGAUCCAGAUUCUAGACUCUGAGCUCUUUGAGCUGAUGCACCAGAACGGUGAUUACACUCAUUUCUACUUCUGCUACCGAUGGUUUCUCCUGGACUUCAAGAGAGAACUGGUGUAUGAUGAUGUGUUUGCUGUCUGGGAGACCAUCUGGGCAGCGGCACACGUUUCCUCUGCACACUAUGUGCUCUUCAUAGCCCUAGCUUUGGUGGAAAUGUACCGAGACAUCAUCUUGGAGAACAACAUGGAUUUUACAGACAUCAUCAAGUUUUUCAAUGAAAUGGCUGAGCGGCACAACACCAAGCAGAUCCUGAAGCUGGCUCGGGACCUUGUAUAUAAAGUCCAGACCCUGAUUGAGAACAAAUGAAGGACCUGGGGAAGAUGAGGCAUCCAGACAAAGAGCCGGGACUCCUCUUCAAUGCUUCCUCCCCCUCUCCUUUUUCUUGAAGUGCCACACCUGUGGAAAUAAGGUAGCUGGACACGUAUUGCUCUCUAAAGUGGAAGUACCCUUAGCUCUCAAAAUGCUGUGUUCAGUGUUAGGUCAGGGGGCCCCUGGCUUGGUUCUUCUCAGCAUUCUUCAGUGACUUAACCAAAGAUCUGUACAACUGCAUUUUCUUGUUGAAGACUUGCUUUGGAAGCAGAACCCAGGCAGUCACUUCCUUGCCUUGCUGCAAUAGAAGUGCAGCCUGUCUGGUUACCACCACAACUGCAAAAGCAGUUGCCAGCAUCCCAGGUCAGAGCUUGGGGUCUGGGAGAGCAAUGCUGCCAGCCCUCCUUGGGGCUGACUUGGGCUCAACAGCCUUUGUUGCAAGGAAAUAAAGCUGCUUCCUUUGACAACAGUUACUCUGUGGCACAGGGAAGCCAGCCAGCCCUGCAAGCUGAGACAAGACAGGGACGCUCAGUACUCUAUUUCUUACUAGCAUUAUGAGAUUCUACCAGUAACAGAGAGGGACUCUGAUCAUAGAAGUUCCUCUUCUUUUGAUCUUACCCCUUGGUGCAUAGCAUCCCCUUUAAAAAUUUUUAGGGGCCUGUUCUCCCCCUGGGGUUUCGACAUUUGUUGUUACUAUAGUAUCUGAGCACACAGAGUUUCAGCUCUGGAUGGAUUUUCAGAAGAGCUCCAAAUUAAGCAUGGGAUUUCUCUUGCAAAAUCUAGCCCCUGUAAUGGGCUCUGAGCACUAGAAAAUCUGGUCCUAACCUCUUCUGGGAACUCUAGACUUGAGGUUUUCAUUACCUGCCUUACUCUAGCUGCUUACGUUAGGAGUCUGGUCUCCCUGUCGUUCCUGCAACCCAAGGUAGGGGAGAGCUCCUCGGAAGGCAAGUCAAAGCUCCUGACAUAGGCGGCUGUUCUGACUUUCCCUCUGAAGGUCCCUGUGUCUUCUUCUGUUAAUUACAGUGACCAGCUGCCUAAAGCUAGCCAGUGCAAACAAUCCCCUUAGUGCCUGCAGGUUUUGUGUGUGCUUAUGGGGCUGGCUGCAAAGCCUUCAAAGUCCACUGAAAGUCUCCAGUCAGGUCUUUGUGGGCUGCUUUCACGUCACGCCUGUGAGGAAGUAGAUAGCCCAAGGUCCCUGAGUGGUUUUUGCUUUUGGAAGAGGCACUGCAGUGGCUCUCCAGCAUCGCAGCCCUUGGAGCACGCUGCAUGAAGUGCCUCUCCAGCACUACCAGGAUGAGAGCUGAGUUUUGUGUCAUGCUGAGGCUGGGGUGCGGAGGGUUUGGAUUCAUUUUUCAACUCAGGUAAAAACAAUAAAGGAAAAGGAGAGGUGUAGGUUGUUGGUAGGUCCAGAUCAGCCAGGGAGGGCUUUCUCAUGGCCACAGAAGAUGGCCAUGAUUGUGUGCUUCUAGCAGCAGGGAAGAUGCUUUGUUGUAGCUCUCUAUAAGGGUACUUUCUUUCAAAUUUUGCUGCAAAAAUCUAUGUUCCCCCACCUUGAAGUGUGAUAUGUGUGCUUCCCUCCUUCCCUCUGCAAGGUCAAACCCCGGUUUUCUCUUGCUGGUGGAGUGCUGCUCACCAGAAGGGAAAGGGGGUCCUUCCCUUCUUCCGUGGAACACCUGUCUGUGCCGACUGUUUUUUGUAUUUAGUUGUGGCAUGUGUCAGAUGUUGCUCGUAGAAAAAAGAAAGAUAUAAAGCUACAGAGGAGAAAACUGUUGCUUCAGAAAAGUCCUGCAGAGUAUGGUAAAGCAGUCUGCAGUAUUUGAGCAAAUCGGUCUUUCUGCAGUGCUGGGAUACAGAGGGGGUGAUAGCUACAAAAACAGAGAAAGGUGGUGCAUACUGAACCCUGUGGGGGAGAGGGCUGCAGCAGCAGGUGAGAGUAAUGGGGAGUGUUUUAUUUCUCAUAUUCCUGAUGAGUACCAACAACGCAGGAAAUUCUUGGAGGCAAUUUUAUGCAUUAAAUCUCCAAAAAGUGUUUGGUCUGCAAUGUGCAGUAGCACAGGGAACAAAGGCACAAAUCUGCUUCAAAUCUGCCAGUUCGAAUGUGAAUUUUUCAUCUUUUCAUAAAGCAGGGAGUGGAGCUUGUGCCCUCCCAACCACACUGUGUUCCUGUUCAGAGACCUCUGCUAACUCCCUAGGUCUUAGGACAGGUACGAGUUUGACUUUGACUGCGUAACUUUUUCCGAAAGGGAAGGGAAAGAGCUCUGUCCUCCCCUGUCUGAGGGACAAGAACUUAAAUACAGUCUUAUAAAGCAACAUCUCUGACACUUUAUUUUUCAAACUUAAGUUUUUCUUUUCUUGGUUUUUAAACAAAAGCAGCCAAGAAAUUCUGCACAAUAUUUGCUGUCUGUAUUACCUGAGAGUGUCUUUGGGCCGCUCAAUAGCAGUGUUUUUUGAAUAACUUCUGGGGGAAAAAGUAUUUAUUUAUUGAUUGUACAUUACUGUGUGUCCUUGUAUACUGAAUUAUGUGAGUGUGCAUUGUUAUGCAAAUGGAGAUAUAUCUUUUCAAUGUUGCAAACAUAUCUUGUAAAUGUUUACCAAAAAUUGUGUCUAUAUAUAAUAUAUAUAUAAAAUAUAUAUAUAUACAGUAUAGAGAGAAAAUAUGUGAAUUAAUUAGGCUAUUUUUUGAGGGGGAAGGAGAAGAAAUCUUUUGCUUUGAAGAACUGUGUGGUUCCUAUAGCACCUAUUCAAUGAUGUGCCAAUCUGUCGCUUUCCUUGUACUGUGAUAAUUGUUCUUUUAUGGCAACAGGAAGCCCGGAGCAGAAGAAUUGUGAGCUCAGCUUGACUUGGGUUUAGUUCUGAUUUUAAAACUGUGGGAAAAAAACACAGCCUUGAUGUUCCAGCUAGGGUGCUGAGUAAAAUCCACAUGGGCAGACCUCUGCUCAGCUGCGCAAGGUUUUGUUCGUGCCCUGGGAUCAGCUUGGGUAAGAACAGUCGCAGAGUUGAGGCCUGAUGUGAGUUGCAAAGAAAUUGGAUAGUCCAAAGGAUGUAAUAUGUCGGGCUACGUUUAAAUUGGAACUAAUGUCAUUCUGUUUUGCCACUGAUCAUACUGUUUUGUUAGGAAGAGAGUACUGAAUUACCUGUGCAGAUUGCUUGUGGAGAAGAUCUGCUCUCUGAACUAGCGUCAAUGCAGAAUAGCUCUGCUGAAGUCAGCGUACCCCUUGCAGUGCUCUAAUGUCGUUCUUACAAAAGUCGGUGAAAAUGUUCUGCUCCCAAAUGUUCCAGGAGAACUAGAGCCUCUGGCCUUAAAGGUCCAGCUUUGUGUUCCUGUGCUCAUCUGAAGCAAAAAACGUGAACAGUUUUCAGGCCCAGUAGUGGUGGACAGCGCUGUUCUGUGGCCGCGCACCCUGUCCCACCCUUGCCAUCUUGGUCAGGCUCAGGAGCAAGCAGGCCAACUGGCCAGCUGCCUGCAGAAGAUUAGAAAUAGGUCAUAUUGAUAGUCCCUGUGUCCUACCCCACCGCAGCCUCUGUCCAUGAGUGGUCUCAGCUUGAUUUGGAAUGUCUUAACAAAAGUAAUAGUUUCUGUGACCGGUGUCAGUAGCAGCUGUGCUCUUUGGUGACUCCUGUGGGAGAGCAGUUGUCUGUCUGGUAGGUUAACGUGUUUGUGGAGACCCCCAUAGAGCAAGGGUACACUAGGAGUCUGGGACUGAAGAGCUGUUUGAAAGUUGGAAGUCACCAGAAUUUAAGAAACAGUUCUUGUCUGACUGUUCAUUGGCCUUCUCCUGCCUCAGCCUCCUCGGCCUGACUCUGUGCCUCUGUUAGGUUGCCCUGAGAUGAAAGCAUUGCUGAAAACAAGCAUUCUUGAUUUCAGGCAGAAUGAAUCUCCCAUGGCCCUGCAAGACCGCACAGAUCUCUUGCUCUUGGCUGUGCAGCCAGAGGAUUGCCUGUUUACCACUGAGAGUUAGAGAAAGCCCUUCACAGGGGAAUGCUUGCCCAUAUACAGUAAUCUUGUCUAGCUUGUUGGGCGAGAGGAAUAUUUUUUCCUAACAGUUGCACACGGCUGAAAUUCACCACGUGCAAUGUCAGUACAAGUCUGGUGGCUAUCUUUAGCCUGCCUGUGUUAGCUAAGUGAGCCCAGGGACUCUAGCUUGCUGUGCCUCCUGACUUGAGACUGCUGCCUCUUUCCUGUCUGGUGAAGGGAGGUUUGGAUCCCACGUCACCCAGACCUGAGCUCUUCUCUCUGAUUCGCUCUGGACUGGAGCUAAACUGAAGGCCUGACAGCAUAAGCUAAUUUGUUCAAUUCACUUGGCUUCUGCAUUGAGCUUCUGCUUUGACCAUCUGCAGAGGUGUGGGGUUUUUCACUUUAUCUUUUGCUGGAGCUGCUCAGCUCUCGCAUAAUCUUGCCAUGUUUAGAUACAGUGGGAAUGUUUGAGUUCUGGCCCUGUUUUCUCUGGAGGGAGUUAUUAAUGGAUUUUCUUUGUGCAUUUGAGCUUUCUGCGGAUGUGAUCUGCCAAAUAACUCUUGGUACCCAUCUUUUUUAGUGUUACUAACGUAAACACUUUAGAAGUUGUCUUUGUUCCUGGAUGAGUGAUAUUUUAACAGGAGUUUUUCUGUUACUGUAUUGAGUCUCUGAAUUGCUUUGCUGCUAACACGUUUCAUGAAGAUCGAGAGGGUUUUCUGUUUGGGAGCUUCCUGCUGCCACACUGUUCUGCUCUCAGCUAGUCUCUUAUUUUUUGAACAGCCCUUAACGUAUCCAAAUAUAGCUUUUAUUGUAACUAAAGCCAGCAACCGAAAUGCAGGUAUCAGCAAUCAUUUUCACUGAUAACUAAAAAAUAUAUCAAGAGAAUUAUUCCCAACGUGGUAGCUUAGAAUGAGUUCUGCUGGGAAUCCAUCUAUGGGCAAGCUGAGAGCCCACCCCUAAUCCCACCUUGGAGGCACAAGCCUUGAGGCAGGCAGGCUUGUGGCCAAGAGCAAAUUUAUAGGAUGAGGUGGUUCUUAUUCUUUCUUCUUGUUUUUUUGUUUUUGUUUUUGAUUGGGAUGUCGGGCCUAUUUUUCUUUCUCCGUUUAUUUUGAUCAGUUGGGUAAUUUACCGCACUGGGAGCCACUGUGGUAAACAGGCCUCAAAAUAGACAUGGGCUCAGUUUAAGGAUUCUCAUCACAUAAAUUUGCUUCGAAAAAUAUCUUAAAAUAUAGUAAAUUGCUGCUGUGUACUGUGACAUUCCUGGUCAGCUCAUGGUAGGCUCUGAGCCAGUUCCCCAGUGGGACCAAAAUGAUUGUUAUUUCGUCACUACAUUUGUCAAAUGUUUUUCACUCAGUAAAUAAUCUGCUUAGGUAUUUUCACCAGUACCAAGUGGUUCUAGGCACAUUUUCUGGAUGUCAGUAUUGCUUGAGCACAAAUUGAUAGUGAAAGAGCACAACUUACAGAUGAAGUGACAGUUUUCUAGCAAUAUGGAAGUGUUGUAACUUUUACUAGACUCAGUUCUUAGAGCUCUAUAAUAUAAAAGUUUCAGAUACCCUGAAGUAGAUAGAAAUGCCAUUUACUGUUGCCUACUGUUUAAGGCACUUGGAUGAGCUUCACUUCCUUGUUGCCUGCCAUGAAGUGAACACAUAUCAGUGACUGAGGUACUUGAAGGCUUUGUGGUCCCCAGUUGCAUUCACCACACUUAGUUUCAUGGUGGCAGCGCGGGCCAAAACUGAGACUGUAUCAGUGCCGUAGCUGUGCUUUUCUACAGCUUAGGGCUCAAAUUUCUUCUAAACGUCAUCAGAAUCCCAAAUUUCCUGGGUAAUGUGUGUUCUUGAAAUAGCCAUGUCAUUCUUUUAAUAUGUAUCUAAUCUUAGACUAGUGAUAAGCACAUUCGACCUUUAAUUCCAGUUCAGUAGUUUAACAACUUCCUUUCUCUAACUGAUUUUGUACACGGAGGCUGAACAGGGAGCCCCAAGAGAGCCGCAGGUGACUUGCUGCCUGGUUCGCGGCGGGAGGGAUCGCUCCCGCGCCCCGCGUGCAGAAACGGGCUGUGCGCCAGCGG